GUUUUGUCUGUCUGUGCGUGUGUGUGUGUGUGUGUGUGUGUGUGUGUGUGUGUGUGUUUGUGUGUGGUGCAUCAGUAACUAAACAUGGAGCCGCACCAUUGCGGCCUGCCCCAUGGAGUGCAGGCGGACAUGCUAUUCCCUGAGGACUGGCUGAAGGCGCUGUACGUCUUCCCCAUGUUCGGGGUAUCGUUUUUGUGCCACUUCAAUGCGCUGCCAACGCAUCAGGAGCUCCGGCGGCCCACCCGCGGCCGCGUCCGCCGGGUGAUGGCGCUGACGCUAACCUUCACGUCGUUGCUCUACCUCGUCGUGGGCCUGUUCGGCUACAUGUACGCUGGCUCCUGCACCUGCGGGAACAUCCUGCUCAACUUCAAGGCCGAGGACCCUGGGGCCCUCGCUGGCCGUCUGAUGCUGGGCAUUGUCCUCAUGCUGAACUUCCCCCUUCUCUGCCAGCCCUGCCGCAACGCGCUCUACCGGAUGCUGCUGUUCACUGGCAUGGUCAGGCAGAGCGGUGACGCUGAGGCCUCGGGCGACGUGCCGCCGCAGACCCAGGAGAGCUCGCCGCCGGAGGAGGACCCCGCGGCGUGCUCGGACUCUGUCGACGGUGGCCAGGAGCGCCGGGGGAGCAGCGGCGAGCUGCAGCUGUGCGGUGUCCCCAGCGACGUGGACCUGGCGGCGCAGGACACGCCGUGCGGGCUGCUGGAGGAGCCGAGCGCGGCGACCGGGGGCAGCGCGAGCGCGGCCGCGCCGCCGCGGGCCGCCAGCACCGCGCGGCCAGCGUCGAUGGGCGCCAGGGUCCCCGCCGCGUCGGCGCGUUCCGCCAGCCCGACGCGGCCCGCGGCGCCCACGUCGCCUGGCCCGACGCGACCGGCGUCGAUGGGCGCAAGGGUGCACGUCUACACGCGCCAGAGCACGUCGGGCUUCAUGCGUAGCAGCGAUCCGCCGCUGGAGGCCCUCGAUGCUUUCGCGCCGAAGGACGAGACCGUUCAGCAGAGCGCCUGCGAGCCCACAACGCUGCAGCGGUACGUCCUCACGGUGCUCCUCCUGGUGUCGGCGCUGGGUAUGGCUUGCUUCAUGAGGAGCAUCCUGGUCGUCUGGUCGAUACUGGGCAGCACCGUGGCAUUCCUGAUCGCAUUCAUCCUGCCGGUCGAGGUGCCGGCGGAGGCGGCGGCUGCGGUGGCGGCGUCAGCGCCGCCGCGCGGCAGUGGGCGCUCGGCGUGCUGCCGCGGGG